AUGCCUCCAGCUGGGAAGGUUUCAGAGUUUCGCAAAGAAGGCAAUGACUGGUUUUGCAAAGCGGGAUUGCCAAGUGAUAUUACUGUUGUGGUGGACGGCGUGAGCUUCCAUCUUCACAAGUUUCCUCUCAUAUCAAAAUCUGGGAAGAUAGCACGUAUGUAUGAGGAGUCUAAAAGCACACGUGACAAGAUUUUCACUGCACUUCUGGAAGAAUUCCCCGGUGGCCCUGACACAUUCCUCAUUGCAGCUAAAUUCUGCUAUGGUAUGCGGGUUGAAUUGACUCCAAGAAACAUAGUAAUGAUCUACUGUACAGCAGACUACCUUGAAAUGACAGAUGAGUAUGGAGAAGGCAACUUGCUCUCAAAGUCAGAGAGUUUCUUCCAUAAGAAUAUACUUCACAACUGGAAAGACUGUAUCUUGGCACUUCAAAGUUGUGAGACUGUUAUCCAAAGGGCAGAAAAACUUCACAUAGUAAACAAAUGUGUAAAUGCUCUAUCUGUGAUGGUAUGUACAGAUCCUAGUUUAUUUGGAUGGCCUAUGAUGAUGUAUGGUAGUUUGCAGAGCCCUGGUGGAAGCAUCCUAUGGAAUGGAAUUAACACCGGAGCUAGAAUUCGAAGCUCUGAGUCUGACUGGUGGUUCGAAGACAUCUCAUACCUCAGUGUGAGUUUGUUUGAGAGACUUAUCAAGACAAUGGAAACAAGGGGUAUAAGACCCGAAAACCUAGUGGGUGCUGUAAUGCACUAUACCAGGAAGUACCUACCUGGUCUGGGACGAUGGCAGGGUGGACAACAUGGUAUACCAAGAACAGUUACAAGUUUUAGUUUGACACCCAUUGCCCUUGAUCAAAGGGUAGUUUUAGAAUCCGUUGAAAAACUUCUUCCCCGAAAGAAGGGGAAAUCAUUUUGCCGUUUUCUACUUGGUCUACUUCGUGUGGCAUUAAUUUUGGGUGUCAGUGAAAGCUGCAAGGAUGCUUUGGAGAGGAGAAUAGGAAGGCAACUGGAGUUGGCAACCCUAGAUGGCCUUCUGAUUCCUACAUAUUCAGAUGCUGAUGCAUUGUAUGAUACUGACUGUGUUGAACGGAUAAUCCAUCAUUUUAUGUUGUCAGAAUCAAAGGUCACACCAUUUUCUCCAUCAUCAUUUGACAUGGAAACAUCACCAUCAUCAAGACCGUUACAAAAAGUUGCAAAGUUGGUAGAUAACUAUAUUGCGGAGGUUGCUUCAGAUGUGACUUUAAAACCAGUAAAGAUACGCUCUCUUGCAGAGGCCCUCCCAGAAUCUUCAAGGACUUUGUUUGAUGGCUUGUAUAGGUCACUGGAUAUAUACUUCAAGGCACACCCUUGGCUCUCAGAUAAAGAGAAGGAAGAACUUUGCAGCAUCAUUGACUUCUCGAAACUCUCUAUUGAUGCCUGUGCCCAUGCAUCCCAAAAUGAAAGGCUGCCACUUAGAGUUGUUCUUCAAGUCCUGUUCUUUGAGCAGAUGCAUUUGAGAACUGCUCUAGCUGGUUGUCUUCAUGGCUUGGAAACUGAGAGUGGCCCUGCAGGUCCUGUGACUGUCCCAGGUGACAUGGCUGGCCAGAUUAUACAGAGGGACGGGUGGGUGACUAUGGUGCGUGAGAACCGGGUUUUAAAGGUGGAUAUGGAAAAGAUGAGAUCUAGAGUCGGUGAACUCGAAGAAGAGUUUAGUAAAAUAAAGCAAGAGAUGAAAAAGGUGAACAAAUCACAUAGCUCUCUCAGUUCUCCUCGUGUGGUUGCCAGGAGAAUUGGGUGCAGUCUUCUUUCGCGACCCUCUGAUGCUAAACCAGAUACCAUUGAAAGUACUGGGCCCUCCCCAAGAAUAUCAGUUGAGCAGGCACGCCCGUCCCUGCGUUCUAGACACAACAAAAGUUUCUCGUUGUUCUGA